UUCGCUCUAGUGUUGGCGAGUGGUGGGAGUAAAUGAAAAUGGAGGUUUUGAUGUUGAUUAAUGAUUUAGCUUGCUAGUGUCUUUAUGGAGUAAUUGAUAUCUACCUAUUUCCUCGGACGGAACAAUAGUGGACUUGGAGACAAAGGAAAUCUCGAGAUAGCAUGAUAGUAGAGGUGUGUCCACAGCAGCAGAUGAGGGAAGAUGUUGGCUAUGGACCAAGGAGUGGUGGAGGAGUGGCUGUCAGAGUUUAAGACCCUUCCUGACAGUGCAGUGUCCAGCUACGCAGCAUCUCUGAAGGAGAAAGGCUCCCUGAUCCCAGCGCUCUACAAAGUCAUCAGGGAGAACUACAGUGACUUGUUGGAGCCAGUGUGUCACCAGUUGUUUGAGUUCUAUCGUAGCGGAGAACCACGGCUGCAGCGGUUUGUUCUCCAGUUCCUCCCUGAGCUGCUCUGGUCCCUCCUCCUGGCUCCGUCUGCAGCCAGGGACCCACAUACCUCCGGCUGUAUAGAGGCACUGCUACUGGGGAUAUAUAAUCUGGAGAUUGUAGAUAAGGAUGGACAGAGUAAAGUCCUUUCUUUCACUGUCCCCUCCCUCUCCAAACCCUCAGUCUACCACGAACCCUCCACCAUUGGCUCCCUGGCGUUGACGGAAGGGGCUCUAGCUAAUCAUGGGCUGCGUAGAGUGGUGUACAGCGGGCCUCACCUACAGAGAGAAACCUUCACGGCUCAGAACAGGUUCGAGGUGCUGACCUUCCUGCUGCUGUGUUACAAUGCAGCUCUCAGCUACAUGACCUCAUCAUCUCUGCAGUCCCUCUGCCAGCUCAGCUCCAGGGUGUGUAUCUGUGGUUACCCGCGGCAACAGCUAAGGAGGUAUAAAGGCAUCAGCUCUCGUCUGACCGUCACCUCUGAGUUCCUGGUCCAACUCAUCACUGGGAUACAUUACGCGCUGUGUAAUGGGGAGAUGGACCUGGGUUCCAAGGCGCUGGAUGAUGUUCUGUACCGAGCUCAGCUAGAACUGUACCCUGAAGCUCUACUGGUGGGUAAUGCCAUCAAGUCGUCCCAACAGUGUGCAGCGCUGAAGUCUGGCGCUAGUAAAGAAGGAGCUCGCAGCAUUCAGGUGGAGAUCACUCCUACUUCCUCUAGGAUUUCACGGAAUGCGGUCACGUCACUCUCUAUCAGAGGACACCGCUGGAAACGACAUGACGCAGUGGAUUUGGGUUCCCCGGACGAGUUGAUGGAUAUCUCUGAAGUGGACGAAGGGGUGUGGCCUACAGGAGGGGGUGGCCCGGACUCACUGACUCCACCUACCAUCACUAUCAGCAACAGCGUUACCCCUGGGGUGGGAGGGGCCAAGACAGGAAGCAGGAAGUGGCAUCUAGGCGGACGGUCGCAUAAGGAGAAGGAGGCAUGUCCUCCAGGGGGGCAGACCCUGGGCGAGAACCUGGAUCUGUCAAUCAAACGUCUGACGCUGACGUCCAGCCAAUCGGUGCCCAAGGGGCCGAGCCAUAGCGCACUGAGCAGCCUAUCGCGUACGGCCAGCGCUGUGUUCUCCCGCUCCUUUGAGGGAAACAACACCGGGGGUAACCGUGGCAACCCAGAGGCUGGCCGCUAUUCGUGCAGUGGCAGCCUGCAGGAGGAGGAGUUAGGCUAUCUAAGCCCCACCCCCAGCCGCAACCAGCGCUCGCCCAGCAUCAGCGUGCACUUUAGGAGCGACCUGUGAACCCUGACCUCUAACGCUUGAGCUCUCACCCCCAUCUUAACCCUCUAACCCCAUGCCCCUGUACCUGUGACCUGUACUCCCAGCCUGCCAGGAGGACUGGAACACAAAUUCAUGAACACAUUCCCUCUUAUCCCCCUCCUUUCCUCACCAUCUCCCUUUCUUUCCUAUCCAUACCAUUCUUCAUCUCCUUCUCUUCUUCUUCAGUAGGACAGCUGCCCCCUCUAGAAACCGGCUUCUCUCCUCCACUUCCUCUCUCUCCAAAGCGAGAGCCUGGUGUGAGAGCAGGGAGCCUGUGUCCAUCCUUCCGCCCUGGAACUACAGAACCACCAGACAGAUCUGCAGACUGUUUUCUGAGAGGGUUUGGAAAUGGAGUAUUUAAGACUCUUGUUUGUCCUGUUUGGCUUUCUGUACAUCCCUCCCGACCACGCCCCCAUCACCGGGCAAGUACUGUGUUUGUGAGCUUGCAUGUGUGUGUGUGAGCUUGCAUGUGAGUGUGAAUGCAAUCAAGCGUUAGUGACUGUUUUUAGAAUAAAGGUUGCUGAUUGCUGCAAUGAACAAGGUGUGAUACUCCCAAAAAUAAAAUGAAAAUAACUACA